AGACGCCGCGGCUCCCGGCUCGCGGGCGCAGCUGCGGCGUUGGCGGCGACGUGGGGUCUCGCUCGGCCGAGCCUCCCGGAGCGUCCUUCUCCCCGCCCCCACUCCGCGCCGGGAGCCCAACGAGAGCGCGCGGUGCCGCGGCCGCUCCCCGGCGCCGAGCGAGGGGCCACGCUGAGGCGAGCGGCGGCGGCCGCGCGGCCAUGGGCGCGUCGGCGUGGCCGUAAGGGUGGGCGCGGACACCGCAGCCGGCGCGGCGGGCCCCUCAGCGAGCCUUCCCUGGCAGGCAGGAGAGCGACGCGGCCGGGAUGAGCGGCGGCAGCAGCGGCGGCACGGCGCCCGGCCCGGGCUCGGGCUCGUCCCCGGCCGCCUGCCGCUUCGCGCACUACUUCGUGCUGUGUGGGAUCGACGCGGACAGCGGGCUGGAGCCCGACGAGCUGGCGGUUUUGUACCAAUGGCUAGAAGCAGAUCGUCAUGGCAGGAGCCAAGAUGCUGCAAAUGCGACCUCAGGUGAAAAUUUUGACCAGAGUCCUUUGAGAAGAACGUUCAAAUCCAAAGUUCUGGCUCACUAUCCUCAGAACAUCGAGUGGAACCCUUUUGAUCAGGAUGCUGUGAACAUGCUGUGCAUGCCCAAAGGGCUGUCAUUCAGGACGCAAGUGGACAGCAAGGACCCCCAGUUCCACUCAUUUAUCAUCACCCGAGAGGACGGGUCCCGCACCUAUGGCUUUGUUCUCACUUUUUAUGAAGAAGUCACAAGUAAACAGAUCUGCACCGCCAUGCAGACACUGUACCAGAUGCACAACGCUGAGCAUCCCAGCAGCGUACACGCCUCGUCCUCCUGUAGCAUGGACUCCCUGGCCAGCAGCAUCGACGAUGGCGACACAACCUCCCUCCUGAAACUCCAGCGCUACAACUCGUACGACAUCAACAGAGACACCCUGUAUGUUUCCAAAAGCAUAUGCCUCAUCACCCCGCUCCCCUUCAUGCAGGCCUGCAAGAAAUUCCUGCUCCAGCUUUACCAGGCAGUCACCUCCCAGCAGCCCCCACCCUUGCCACUGGAGAGCUACAUCCAUAAUAUUCUCUAUGAGGUACCCCUUCCACCACCAGGGAGGUCGCUGAAAUUUUACGGUGUUUACGAACCUGUCAUCUGCCAGAGACCUGGCCCCAAUGAACUCCCGCUCUCUGAUUAUCCUCUGAGAGAGGCCGUUGAGCUGCUCGGACUAGAGAACCUGGUACAGGUGUUCACCUGUGUGCUGCUGGAGAUGCAGAUCCUCCUCUACUCACAAGAUUACCAGCGCCUCAUGACGGUGGCCGAAGGCAUCACCACGCUUCUGUUCCCAUUUCAAUGGCAGCACGUUUAUGUGCCCAUUCUGCCCGCCUCUUUGCUGCAUUUCCUCGAUGCCCCUGUCCCUUAUCUGAUGGGCCUUCAGUCGAAAGAAGGAACUGACCGUUCUAAACUAGAACUGCCUCAAGAGGCUAAUUUGUGCUUUGUGGAUAUUGACAACCAUUUUAUUGAGUUGCCUGAAGAAUUCCCACAGUUUCCCAAUAAAGCGGAUUUUAUCCAGGAGCUCUCAGAAGUUCUACUUCAGUUUGGCAUCCCUCCCGAGGGCAGCCUGCACAGCAGUGAGAGCACCACCAAACUGAAGAACCUGGUUCUCAAAGACCUGGUCAAUGACAAGAAGAACGGCAAUGUCUCCCCGAAUAGCAUCAGCAUGUAUGAACUCCUGAAGGGCAACGAAACCAUGGCCCGCCUGCAGGCUCUGGCCCAGCGGACAGGUGUGACUGUGGAGGAGAUGGAGCUCUCUUCUCCCGUGGGAGAAAAAGAAAAGGAUUCCAAACUGCAGUGUGAGGAGGCAGAGCUCAGAGACUACCAGCUCAAUGUGCAGCUCCGCGAGGUCUUUGCUAACCGCUUUAUCCAGAUGUUUGCAGAUUACGAAGCCUUUGUGAUUCAGACUGCUCAGGACCUGGAGUCCUGGCUCACCAACCGGGAGCAGAUGCAGAACUUUGACAAAGCUUCCUUUCUGUGUGACCAGCCUGAACCUUACCUGCCAUUUCUCUCACGCUUUAUUGAAACUCAGAUGUUUGCCACCUUUAUCGAUAAUAAAAUCAUGUCUCAGUGGGAAGAGAAGGACUCUUUGCUUCGGGUCUUUGACUCUCGGAUUGAGAAGAGAAGACUGUAUAAUGUGAGGGCACCUACCUUGAGAACAUCCAUAUAUCAGAAAUGCAGCACUUUAAAAGAAGCAGCCCAGUCAAUUGAGCAGAGACUGAUGAAAAUGGAUCACACUGCCAUCCAUCCACAUCUACUCGAUAUGAAAAUUGGUCAAGGCAAAUACGAGCAAGGAUUCUUCCCAAAGUUACAGUCCGAUGUCUUGGCCACAGGACCAACCAAUAACAACCGCUGGGUGAGUCGCAGCGCCACCACACAGCGCCGGAAGGAGCGGCUUCGCCAGCACUCGGAGCACAUCGGCCUGGACAGCGACCUGCGGGAGCCUUCAAGGGAACUUGAGAUCUGUCAGAACUCCAUGGCAUUCUGGGAGUGGGAUCAGGGCCCACCUCCUCCUGCACGACUUCCCAAAAAAUCCUUCUCUGAGUGCUGUCUGAAAUAUAUGCAAGAGGCAAGAAGCUUAGGGAAGAACCUGAGACAACCCAAAUUGUCAGACCUCUCUCCCGCGGUGAUUGCACAAACCAACUGGAAGUUUGUAGAAGGCUUGUUAAAAGAAUGUCGGAUGAAGACAAAACGCAUGUUGGUGGAGAAAAUGGGACAUGAAGCCGUGGAACUGGGCCAUGGAGAAGCCAACCUCACAGGCUUGGAGGAGAAUACCCUAAUUGCCAGCCUCUGUGACCUGCUGGAGCGAAUCUGGAGCCAUGGCCUGCAGGUCAAGCAGGGGAAGUCAGCCUUGUGGUCACAUUUAAUUCAGUUUCAGGACAGGGAAGAGAAACAGGAGCACCUUGCAGAAUCCCCAGUUGCCCUGGGACCAGAAAGGAGGAAGUCUGAGUCGGGCGUCGUGCUCCCCACACUCAGGGUCUCCUUGAUCCAGGACAUGAGGCAUGUUCAGAACAUGAGUGAGAUCAAGACCGACGUUGGCCGAGCCCGGGCGUGGAUCAGGUUGUCACUGGAAAAGAAGCUGCUGUCCCAACAUCUCAAGCAGUUGCUCUCUAACCAGCCCCUUACCAAGAAGCUGUACAAGCGUUACGCUUUCCUGCGUUGUGAGGAGGAGCGUGAACAGUUUCUCUACCAUCUCCUUUCCCUCAAUGCCGUGGACUAUUUCUGCUUCACCAGCGUGUUCACCACAAUCAUGAUUCCUUAUCGGUCAGUGAUCAUCCCCAUCAAAAAACUGAGCAACGCGAUCAUCACCUCCAACCCCUGGAUCUGUGUGUCGGGAGAGCUGGGGGACACGGGCGUGAUGCAGAUCCCCAAAGCACUUCUCGAGAUGACUUUCGAGUGCCAGAACCUGGGGAAGCUGACGACUGUCCAGCUUGGUCAUGACAACUCAGGGCUGUUGGCCAAAUGGCUGGUGGACUGUGUCAUGGUCAGAAACGAAAUCACAGGACAUACGUACCGCUUCCCCUGUGGCCGGUGGCUGGGGAAAGGCAUUGACGACGGGAGCCUGGAGAGAAUUCUGAUCGGUGAACUGAUGGCUUCAGCCUCUGACGAGGACCUGGUAAAGCAGUGUCGCACUCCACCCCAGCAGAAGUCUCCCACCAUGGCCCGGAGACUGAGCAUCACCUCCCUGACAGGAAAGACGGCCAAACCCAGUGCUGGACAGAUCCAAGAAGGCAUUGGAGAAGCUGUGAACAAUAUCGUGAAACAUUUUCACAAACCUGAAAAAGAGAGAGGAAGCCUCACGGUCCUGCUGUGCGGGGAGAACGGCCUGGUGGCAGCCCUGGAGCAGGUUUUCCACCAUGGGUUCAAGUCAGCCCGCAUCUUUCACAAGAACGUCUUCAUCUGGGACUUCAUAGAGAAAGCAGUCACCUGUUUUGAAACCACUGACCAGAUCCUAGACAAUGAAGAUGAUGUCCUUAUCCAGAAAUCAUCCUGCAAAACCUUCUGCCACUACGUGAAUGCCAUCAACACUGCACCCAGAAACAUUGGGAAGGACGGCAAAUUCCAGAUUUUAGUGUGUCUUGGAACACGGGAUCACCUCCUCCCACAGUGGAUCCCACUGCUGGCCGAAUGUCCCGCCAUCACUAGGAUGUAUGAGGAGAGUGCCCUUCUGCGAGACCGCAUGACUGUCAACUCCCUUAUCCGGAUCCUGCACACCAUCCAGGACUUCAGCAUCGUCUUAGAAGGCUCGCUGAUCAAAGGGGUGGAUGUGUAGCCCCGCUGGCUAAAACCUCUGUCCUGACCCCUGGCUCCUGAGCCUGCCCCCGCCGUGGGGACCCAUCGCAACUUGUCUGGCUAAGUGAGUCAGUGCAGGGAGCAGCACGCCGGAUGCCCCAGUUGGAAUGAUCCUCACUGUACAGGCCAGGCAAAAUGCUGUAUUGUAGUUCAUUUGAACCUGGAAUUUAGUAUAAAAUAGAGUAUUUUCAUGUGCUAGAUGUGUGUAAAUAUACUAUCUUCUUUAAGAAAUUAUAUUACUCUACUAAAAUA